AGCUGCCAACCUGUUUGUAAAUAUUUAAUUCGCCAAGGGGCAGCGGCAACAAUAUUUCAAUUAAUAUUAGCAACAUUAAACCGAGUAACUAAAUUAUCUAGAAGUGAGAAAUAGCAGGACCAUGCCACAGCAGCGGCGCAAGGUGGCCUUUAGCGGCAAGAAAAAGAAGGACCAAAUGCUGCAGAAGCGCAGCACAAAAGGUCCGCCCAAAUACCUUAGAAGCACUCAGGAAUCCUACGAGGACAGCGAUGUGCCCGAAACCACAAGGAAGCUAAUGGAGCAACCGUUUGGUCGUGGCGGAAACCGGAACAAAAACGUCAAUCGUUAUAACCUACAGUUCUACCAAGAGGGCAAGAAGGAACUGGAGCAAAUGAAGCAGGAAGGCUUUAAGCCGCUGGACGUGCUCAGUCCCAAGGAACGCGAGGUGGACGAACGAUUCUUUGCCAACUGUGACUUUCCCGUACGACCAACCUGGAAACCGGAACACACCAAGGAGCAGCUCGAUCGCAGCGAGAAUCGGUAUUUUAAGGAAUAUGUGGAUGAACUGCAAAAAAAGCAGCGUGCCAGCGAUUCUAAGGAGCUUUCCCUCUUCGAGCUUAACUUAGAGACUUGGCGUCAGCUGUGGCGUGUCCUGGAAUUCUCGGACAUCCUGCUGAUCAUUGUAGACAUGCGAUAUGCCACGCUGAUGUUUCCGCCCUCGUUGUAUGACUACAUCAUAAACACCCUCAAGAAGCAGGCCAUAGUUGUAUUCAACAAGGUGGAUCUGGUGGAGCCGCAGGUUGUGGUGGCGUGGAGAGAGUACUUUAAAGAGCGCUAUCCCCAAUUGCCCGUCGUAUUAUUUGCCUCGUUUCUACCACGAUCCCGUAAAGGCAAUCAACGUGGACCGCAGGCUCAUCGCAGAAGCAUGGAAGGCGUGUAUAACAUCUACAAGGAAUGCCAGCGAUAUGUCCAGGGUGAAGUGGACCUAAAGGAGUGGGAGAAAAAGAUUCGCGAGGAUAUGAGCAGCGACCACUUGGACAUACUGGAGGAUGUUACGGCUGCGGUAGAGGGUGAGCUGAAGAUCAGCAGCAGCAUCGAUACCACACCGCAUGAGCACGUCAAGUACCACAAUGGAGUCCUGACGAUCGGCUGUAUCGGGUUCCCAAACGUGGGCAAGUCGUCUCUGAUCAACGCCUUGAAGGGACGCAAAGUAGUCAGCGUGAGUCGCACCCCGGGACACACAAAGCAUUUUCAAACCAUUUUCCUGACACCGCUGGUCCGCCUGUGCGACUGUCCUGGUUUAGUCUUUCCCUCGACGACCCCAAAGAGCCUUCAAGUCCUUUUGGGAAGUUUCCCGAUCUCCCAACUGGCGGUCCCGUAUCGUUCGCUAAAGUUCCUUGGAGAGCACUUGAACCUGCCUCAGCUUUUGAGGCUCCAUUUGCCGGAGGACUAUGACGAGUGGUCGGCAGUAGCCAUUUCGGACGCCUGGGCCUACAAGAGAGGAUUUUUGACGGCCAAGGCAGCCCGACCGGAUCGCUAUCGCGCCGCCAAUCACAUUCUGCGCUCGUGCCUUGCCGGCCAGCAGCAGUUGGUUCUCCAAUUUUAUCCUCCAGGCUACGAGGAGCGACGGGAUCACUGGCUGCAGCAUCCGGAUUUGGCAGAGGUCAAAAAGUACCAACAGCAAGAGCUGGACGAACCUGAGAGUGAGACCAAUGGGGACACUUCCUCCGUUUGCUCAGACACCGCCGACAGCGAUGACGAGGAUGAGGACAGCUCUAACGAUGAAACCAAUGCCGAUGAAGACGAAUGCGCCAUUGAGGAGGAUCCCCCCAGAUCUCGGAAUGUGUUUGCCCUUUUAGAGGACGAUUAGUCCGAUUCUAACAGAUGCUUUUGUUAUUGCAUGACUAGCUUGCCCUCAUAAUUUAUUAACGAAAAGAGCUUUGUUUUUAUUACAUGCCAGAUGAAGGUUUUGUAUUUAAAAAUAAAUAAAC